AUGAAUUCGACCUAUUCUCCCAGUAUUAGUGAAGAGCGCGUUAAAAAUAGAAGAUCAGAUGCAUUUCUUUGUCCUAUAUGUCACAAUAUAUUAUGGAAGCCACAGCAGUGUAGCAAAUGCCAACAACCGAUUUGUGAGAAUUGUAUCGCAACGUGUUUGAGACAUAAUCCUGGUGUUUGUCCUAUGUGUCGUCUGCCUUACCAAGAACAACGUUGUAUGCCACAAUUCUAUAAUUUUUUAUGUGAAUUGCAAAUUGAAUGUUGUAAUAGGUCUAGUGGCUGCAAUCAAAUUUUAUUCUACGAACAGCUGGAACAACAUGAAACACAAGAAUGUGGCUAUGAAAUCAAAGAAUGUCGUGGUUGCAAGGAAAAAGUUAUAAAACAAGAAUUAAUAAAACAUGAAAAAGGUUGUGAAUUUAUUAAAAAAACAUGCCGCAAUUGCAGGAUGAUUUAUGGACAAAAACAGAAACAUGAACUUUUAGAUUGUUUAACAUAUAAACAAGAAGUAUUAGAAAAACUAAUAAACCCCCCCCCAGAAUAG